AUGUAUACACAAUUGUUAAAGAAAGCACUUUUAGAAAUCGAAGAUGACGAUAGAAAAUUUCUAAAAGACCUCGCUGAAUAUUGUCGUGAACAGGAUGAUAUUCUUGAAGAUCAAAUUAAACAAGUUGAAAAUGAAUAUCGUAAUCAUACGCCAAUAUGGUGCUAUACAGCUGAAACAUUUAUUUAUCCUAUGCUUAAUCGUGGACUUCGACUUAUGGAUAUUAAUAUUAUACUCAAAAUGGGCUUUUUUAUUCGUCAUUUACAUCAACACAUUCAAAAUUUAUAUCAUAAACAACAACCUGAAAACAUGAACACAGCUACUCCGUUCAAAGUUUAUCGUGAUCAAGGUUUAGCAUUAGAAGACUUUGAAAAAAUGAAAAAUAGCAUAAAUCAAUUAAUGUCUUUCAAUAAUUUUCUAUCAACAAGUCUCAAUCAGAAUAUUUCCUUUCAAAAAUUUGCACGACCAGCAGCAUUUAAUGAUCCCAAUAAAGUUGGCAUACUCUUCAUUAUGACUAUUGAUCCUGAUGUAUGUACAAAAUCAAAAAUUCCAUUUGCUGAUGUUAGUCAAGUUGGCUUUUUCGAAGGCCAAGAAGCCGAAAUCCUUUUUACAACACAUACAAUAUUUAGAAUCGAUAAAAUUCAACGAGUUCAUGACGAUCAUACUGGUCGUCUAUGGGAAGUCAAGCUUACUCUUGUAGGUAAUGAUAAUCACGAAUUAAACAAACUUACAGCACACUUACGCCAAGAGUUCAAUUGGACAACAGGAUGGUCUCGACUUGGUCAUAUACUUCUUAAAGUGGGUGAGCCUGCAAAAGCAGAGCAACUCUAUCAGAUUCUCCUCGAAAAGGCAUCUUCUGAUAAAGAGAGAUCGGAUUACAGUCAUCAACUUGAUUGGGUGUAUCGGAGUAUGGGCGAGUACUCGAAAGCACUUUCAUCGUACGAACGAUCACUUGAAAUCAGAAAAAUAGCUCUCCCUCCGAAUCAUCCCGACUUGGCUACUUCCUACAACAACAUCGGUAUGGUGUAUAAUAAGAUGGGCGAGCACUCGAAAGCACUUUCAUUGUACGAAAGAUCACUUGAAAUCCGAAAAAUAGCUCUCCCUCCAAAUCAUCCCGACUUGGCUGGUCCCUACAACAACAUCGGUAUGGUGUAUAAUAGAAUGGGCGAGUACUCGAAAGCACUUUCAUCGUAUGAACGAUCACUUGAAAUCCGAAAAAUAGCUCUCCCUCCAAAUCAUUCCAACUUGGCUAUUUCCUAUAAUAACAUCGGUUUGGUGUAUUCUCACAUGGGCGAGUACUCGAAAGCACUUUCAAUGUACGAACGAUCACUUGAAAUCCUCAAAAUAGCUCUCCCUCCGAAUCAUCCCGACUUGGCUUCUUCCUACAACAACAUCGGUUCGGUGUAUGAUAACAUGGGCGAGUAUUCGAAAGCACUUCGAUACUGCGAAAAAGCCCAAGAAAUCUUCAAGAAAUCUCUACCUUCAAAUCAUCCACAUAUUACACUUGUGAAAAGAAACAUUGAAAAUGUAAAAAAGAGAAUGUAA